CUAAAAUAUAAGGACGGAUUCGUGUGGUAUUUUCUAAAAGUAAUCGACAAAAAAUGUUGAAACACCGGAAAAUACUUUUGAUUUAUGUCUUGAAGGUUUACAGAGGGAAUUUCUGGAGGAUUUGUUGGAUUGAUUCAUAUAAAACAUGUAAAAUCCCAGCAAAACCUUAUGGAAACAAUCUUGACGAAAACAUUCUCUACAACAUGGCAGUGAACAAACAAUCAAAAUCUUCAAUAGUAAGUAUAAACAAAUUUAUUUCGAAUUCAAACGUCCGGAAGAUUGUUAACGUCAACAUCACCACAUACGCACAAUCUUCUCUCAACUUCAUGCCGUUAAUCAUCGCUUUAAAAAAAUCAUGCAUAGCGUGAGUAUACUCAGAAGCCUUUAAAAUGAGUCCCGUUAGUCAUUGAUCACAUCAAAGAACGAACCAGACGACAUUGGGAGAAAGCAUGAAAAAAACGACGACGGGGUCGUGAUGCUGGAAUUGAUAUGCGGUGUACCCACGAAAGGUAACACAAGUGGAAGUUAGUUUUCGCCGGUCCAGUGUUCGAACCAAUCAUACAUUCGAUAAUUUGUUCGGUUGAAGUAAGAUGUGCAACGGGUUUCAGAGAAGAAGUGCACUAAUGUGGUCAGUGGUGAUUGCUGUUUUAAGUGUUCUCGUAACAUCAAAGAUUUAUGUCACUGCAUUGACUUGGGAGCGGAGAUUGGAAGAAAGUAGUGCAACUGUCGCCAAUGUUGAGAGGGCAACCGAAGACGAAACGAUUCUACCGGAAAGCACUACUUUCUAUGAUGUAAUUGGUACGACUGAUGUUACGGAUAGCUGGGUCACCGAGACAACGCAGGAUGAACUGGUGCCGGAUAUUGCAGUUCGACAAUUGAAUUGUACUGAGUGCAAGUGUGGCAAUCGGGACCCGCUCGAAAGGAUCGUCGGCGGAUCACCCGCCAAGGAGAACGCCUACCCCUGGAUGGCAGCCCUGUACUACAACAACCGAUUCACGUGCGGCGGUUCCCUAGUAACGGAUCGGUACAUCCUAACAGCGGCCCACUGCGUUUUUCGACUGAGCCCAGCGCGCUUCCGUGUACAGUUGCUGGUGUACAAUCGCACCCAGCCUACUACGAAUUCGGUGGAGCGCAGCGUUAAGGCCAUCAGGACGUUCUUCUACAGUGGACUGACCAACAACAACGACAUUGCCCUGAUGGAGUUGACCUUUCCGGUUACGAUUAGCGAGGAUCGCUUGGUUCCGGUAUGCCUGCCGCAGCCAAAUGAUAGCAUUUACGAUGGCAAGAUGGCCAUUGUGACUGGCUGGGGCAAAACUGCGUUGGGUGGAUUGUCCGCGACUUUGCAAGAACUGAUGGUACCCAUUUUGACCAAUGCCAAGUGUCGUAGGGCUGGUUACUGGCCGUUCCAAAUCACCGGCCGGAUGCUUUGCGCAGGGUAUAUUGAAGGCGGACGGGAUUCUUGUCAGGGAGACAGUGGAGGACCACUUCAAGUGUACAAUAACGAAACGCAUCGGUACGAACUAGUGGGGAUUGUGUCCUGGGGACGAGCUUGUGCCCAGAAGAACUACCCUGGAGUGUAUACUAGAGUGAAUAAGUUUCUUCGCUGGAUCAAAAAUAAUGUCAAGGAUUCAUGCAUAUGUACGUAAUAAAACUCAAGUUCUGAAUAACUUA